AUGGGGGCGGACGGCCCCUGGCUGGUGCUGCUGGGCUUGGGGAGCCUGGUGGGUGGCGCAGCCGGCUCGACCCCGCCCGGCGGGCGCGGCACCGCCUCCUACGCCCUGAUCGUGCCGCGGCAGCUGGCGCCGCGCGCCGGGCAGGACCCGCGGGAGGUCUCCUACCUGCUGGAGGUGGAGGGGCGGGGCCGCGUCGUGCACCUGAGGCAGAAACGGCUCUUCGUGCCCGAGCACUUCGCCCUCUUCACCUACCGGCCGGGCGGGGCCCUCCAGCGGGACCAGCCCUUCGUGCGCCGCGACUGCUUCUACCAGGGCUACGUGCAGGGCAGCCCCGCCUCGCUGGCCGCCCUCAGCACCUGCUCGGGCGGGCUCCGCGGCAUGCUGCGCACGGCGCAGGGCAGCUACGAAAUCGAGCCCGUGCCGGACUCCGCCACCUUCCAGCACGUGCUGUACCGGGUGGAGGAGGGGGCCGCCGGCCUGCGGUGCGGCUUGACCGACCAGGAGCUGCAGCGCCAGGCCGCCUUGAUCCCUGGCUUAGGGGGCCUGUUGGCCAGGCAAGCGCCUGAGGGCGUCUGGUGGACACAUACCCGCUACGUGGAAGUCGUCUUCGUGGUGGAGAAUGAACGAUUCGUCCAGUCAGGCAGAAACGAAACCACAGUCCUGCAGCAAAUGCUAGACAUAGUCAAUAUAGGAGACUCGAUGUACGAUCCCCUGGGCGUGCGCUUGUUCCUUGUGGGGCUGGAGAUCUGGACACAAAACAACCUUAUCCCAAUUAAUAAUAGCAUAGGUGUGAUGCUUGGCACUUUUAACAACUGGAGGAGAGAUGAACUGUAUCACCGGCUGCCCCAUGAUGCAGGUCACUUACUCACAUAUCAAGGUUUUGGAAUUACCCUUGGAUUAGCAUAUGUAGGAACAGUGUGUUCUCAUCAUUGGGCAUCAGCUGUUCUUUCUUUCAGGGCUGAGAGGUUGUACUCAUUUUCCAUUGUUUUUACUCAUGAAUUGGGCCAUAACCUCGGCAUGAGCCAUGAUAAUGGUGAUUGUAAAUGUAAACGCAGUGAGUGCAUCAUGGCUGCGUACCACAGCAUCACUGAUCUGUUCAGUAACUGCAGCUAUAUCUACUAUUUCAAUUUAAUGACUACUGGUGCAGAGUGUCUGCUUGAUCCUCCAGCACCGGAGAAAGUUUAUACACUCAAGUACUGUGGCAACAAGGUGGUGGAAAGUGGAGAGCAGUGUGACUGUGGCUCAAAAUUUAAUUGUGAAAAGGAUCCUUGUUGCCAACCCAAUUGUACAUUGAGUGCAGGUGCAGCUUGUGCUUUUGGAGAAUGCUGUGAAGACUGUCAGAUACUUCCAGCAGGAAGACUAUGUAGAAAAAGUACUGAUGAGUGUGACCUUCCUGAAUAUUGCAAUGGGACUUCAGAGUGGUGCCAGAAGGAUGUAUAUGUGCAAGAUGGAGCCCUAUGCCAGAACGAUGCCUACUGCUAUCGUGGAAACUGCUCUAGCCAUGAUCGACAGUGCAAAAUGAUUUUUGGUAAACAAGCAAAGGUUGCUCCAUUAGUUUGUUUCAGAGAAUUGAAUACUCAAGGUGACCGGUUUGGCAAUUGUGGUCUUAAUAGCAAUACUAAAUAUAAGAAAUGUCAAGCAGAAGAUACCUUAUGUGGUAGGGUCCAAUGUGAAAACAUGAACAGAAUACCAUCUUUGGAGAACCAUAGUACCAUACUUCAAACUCCAGUUGAUAAUAACUGGUGCUGGGGUACAGACUAUCAUCAUGGGAUGGAUAUAGCAGAUAUUGGAGCAGUGAGAGAUGGCACAUCUUGUGGUCCUGACAAGAUUUGUGUUAAGAUGAGUUGUGUCAAUGUGUCACUCCUGAAUUAUGACUGUAACAUAACAAAGUGCCAUAAUAGAGGAAUAUGCAACAGUCAUAAAAACUGUCAUUGUAAUUAUGGCUGGGCACCUCCAGACUGUCAACAUAAAGGAUAUGGAGGGAGCAUUGACAGUGGACCACCUCCACCUGUGAAGGCCCCCGGGGGAGGUGCUAUUGGAAUACCAAUAUUCCUUGCUGCUGCUGCUGUUCUUGGGAUUGGGCUUUGUGUAUAUUUUAAAACUGCACUAAUGGGAUGGCUUAGAACAUCAGUGGCCAGAUUCCACCCAACACAGCAAGCAGAUGCUUCCAGUGAUGGAAAGGGAGUCCCCGGUCGCUCACGUGAGACAACUGCUACUGUGUCAAAACCUGUCGUAGAGUCCAUGGAUAAAGCAUGGGAUUUUGUGUAACAGAAAAUAAUGUAUAAACAAUAUAUUUACCUCUUUUAA